AUGGAUCGCGAUGCUGGACACGAUGUCUAUAGCGCUGAAACUUUGCGGGAGACUGAAUACCCUAUGCUCAAAGGGGAAACAUAUCUCGAUCAUACCGGUACAACUCUCUAUGCACAGUCGGCUCUCAAAAGCUUCACCCAGGAAAUGUCCACCAGCCUCCUUGGAAACCCGCACUCCGAGUCACGGUCAUCGCAAGUCUCAACAAAGAAGGUCGAAGAGGUUCGAAGGCGGACAUUGGAGUUCUUCAACGCCGACCCGGAGCAUUUCGAUUUAGUUUUUGUUAUGAAUGCCACCGCGGCAGUUAAACUCGUCUUUGAGGCAUUAAAGGACGUACCCGUGUCCCGGGACCUGGAGAAGCCCCCCCAAUUCCCGGGAUUCUGGCUCGGAUAUCAUAUUGAGUCCCAUACAAGCAUUGUGGGUAUGCGCGAAAUGGCCGAUGCAGGACAACAUUGCUUCGUCUCAGAUGAUGAAGUUGAGUCCUGGCUCAGAUCCACGCCUUCCAAGGACAAGACGGGUCAAUUUCCAGGGCAAAGUUCGGAAACCUUCCAAGUGGGCCUAUUUUCGUAUCCAGGGCAGACAAAUCUAACUGGACGACGGCUGCCUCUUCACUGGCCAGAAGUCAUACGUCAAUCAGAAUAUACCUCCCACCAGCGAGUGUUCAGCCUUUUGGAUGCUGCAGCUUUAGCCUCAACCGUGUCACUGGACUGCUUCCGGGACCCGGAUAGAGCCCCCGAUUUCACAGCCGUCAGCUUCUACAAGAUCUUCGGUUUCCCUGAUCUAGGAGGGUUGAUCGUGCGUAGGAAAUCUGCACAUGUACUACUGCAGCGUCCCUACUUCGGCGGCGGCACUGUGGAAAUGGUCACCUGCUCCGGCCCACCAUGGCAUUCUCGAAAGGUAGCCUGCAUCCAUGAGGCGCUCGAGGAUGGCACCGUACCAUUUCAUAAUAUCAUAGCUCUCGGGUGUGCUAUUACCACACACGAGAAGCUGUAUAUAUCCCAGGAACACGUGUCUCGCCAUGUGACUCACCUCACUGUAAGCCUCUACAAGCUCCUUUCUUCUAUGUGCCACUCGAACGGCGUGAAAGUGUGCGAGAUUUACAAAGAUCACUCUGCCACAUACGAUGACAGUAAGACUCAAGGAGGCAUCAUCGCCUUCAACAUCCGCUCUGAUGAAGGUCGGUGGUUAAGCCUUUCCCAUGUUGAGAAGGCUGCCAAUGAGCACCGCAUCCAUCUUCGCACGGGUGCCGUCUGCAACCCGGGGGGUGUAGCAAAGAUCCUAAAGCUAGAGCAGUGGGAGUUGUUCCAGAACUACAUGGCCGGUGUUCGAUGCGGAUGUCGGAGCGUACUAAUUGGACAUAAGCCUCCGGGCAUCAUCAGAGUCAGUCUGGGCGCCAUGAGUACAAUGAGUGAUGUGGAGAUCUUCGUGGGGUUUAUCCACAACCUCUUUACGACCGGCCCUCUUCCUCUGCUGACAUCACCGCCACUUCCAUCACCCCAGAGCCUUCGAGUGCAUACCCUGAUGGUUUACCCGAUCAAGGGUGGUGCUGCAUACACCGUGCCAGAGAACAAAUCCUGGCAGGUCAACUCCACUGGCCUGCAGUGGGACCGCCAAUGGUGUAUAGUCAACCUGCAAACUGUAUCAAUCGUCGAUAAGAAGCAGGCUCCACGCUUGUUACUUAUCGAGCCUGAGAUUGACCCCGAAAACGGAGUUUUGCGAAUCAGCGCCCACCGCUCGCUGCAGCAGAGCCAUCCUGAAUCUCGAGGCACUAUGGAGGUCCCACUGGUGCACCCGGGUGACAGGAACUCCUCUAAAACAGUGGAAAGCUAUCAAGAUUGGACCACCGUCAUCAGAGAGGUCAGCCAUCCCUCCUGCAGCAACGCCUCUCAGCAUGUUCAAGUCUACCAAUCACCCGAUCUCGCUACAUUUUUGACUACCGCCCUUGCUAUUCCCUGUACGCUUGCAAGAUUCCUACAUCCGGAGUGUCUACCGAAGCACUCCUCAGAGCAGCUCGCUUCUAAAGACUUGCCAGAGGUGACGAUCUGCUCCAGUCAGAAUGCUGCGAUUGACACAUACCCGAUGCCCAUCCCAGUUGAAGCGCAGAGUGGCCGAUCCCAACCAAAGGCUGUAGCUUUGAUGGAGAUUCUGCGAGCCAACUCCCUGAUGUAUGCCACUUUAGAGUCUGGACACCGGCAGUGGUAUCUACUGCGUGUUGGGCGGAGGGAUCUAGAUGGUGGAAAUGAAAAAGCGCGCGUCAUCCAUUACGGGCGUAUGAAGGCAAUUGAACUGACUGCGGAGCGACAAGGGCCCGAGAUCUUUGAGGCCAUGAGCCCUGUAGUCAAGAUGUCGUGGAGUGAGGAUAGUGAUGGUGAUGGUGGUGGUGGUUGUGGUAGUGAAGAUGAUGAUGCAACGGUUAUGGGCCCACUGGAUGGAAUGCUGCCAAUUCAUGCUGGCCAAAUUGUUCAUGCCAAUGGAUAG